AUGUCUGCAAUACGCAGGAAAUUUGGAGAGGACUACCAGGUGGUAAACACCAAUCGGGGCAUGACUUUUUCAGCGCCAGUCAAGAAGAAGAGACAGCGCUUUGUAGAGAAGAACGGCCGCUGUAAUGUGCAGCACGGUAACCUUGGAGGGGAGACGAGCCGGUACAUCUCUGAUCUGUUCACCACGUUGGUGGACUUGAAGUGGCGCUGGAACCUGCUCAUCUUCAUUCUCACUUACACUGUGGCAUGGCUGGUCAUGGCAUCCAUGUGGUGGGUAAUCGCCUAUAUCCGUGGGGACUUGAGCCACGGCGGCCACGACCCGUCCUACACCCCGUGCGUCGCGAACGUUUAUAACUUUCCUUCUGCAUUUCUGUUCUUUAUUGAGACCGAAGCCACCAUAGGCUACGGUUACCGCUACAUUACCGAGAAGUGCCCGGAAGGCAUCAUUCUGUUUCUCUUCCAGUCGCUUCUGGGAUCCAUCGUGGAUGCGUUCCUCAUCGGCUGCAUGUUCAUCAAGAUGUCCCAGCCAAAAAAGCGUGCGGAGACGCUCAUGUUCAGCCAGGACGCCGUGAUCUCUCAGCGGGACGGCAAGUUGUGCCUCAUGUUCCGAGUGGGCAACCUGAGGAACAGCCACAUGGUGUCUGCGCAGAUUAGGUGCAAACUCAUCAAGUCACGGCAAACUCCAGAGGGUGAAUUUCUGCCUCUGGAUCAGUGUGAGUUGGACGUGGGGUUUGGGACUGGAGCUGAUCAGCUCUUCUUGGUGUCUCCGUUGACCAUUUGCCACGAGAUCAACACCAAGAGUCCGUUCUUUGACCUGUCCCAACGCUCGCUCAUGAACGAACAAUUUGAGAUCGUGGUCAUCCUGGAGGGCAUUGUUGAAACCACUGGUAUGACAUGCCAGGCCAGGACGUCCUACACUGAAGACGAGGUUCUAUGGGGUCACCGCUUCCUCCCAGUCAUGUCCCUGGAGGAGGGCUUCUUCAGGGUGGACUACUCCCAGUUCCACAACACCUUCGAGGUCCCCACUCCCCCGUACAGCGUCAAAGAACAAGAAGAGAAAUCCUCCAUCACAUCCCCCAACCCCCUGCCCGUCGCACCCACACCUUCUUCACCUUCACUGGGGAACAACAGUGGGCGCGUACCUGGGCGCAAGGAGCGACUCUUAUCGGCUGACUAUGCAGAUCAUAUAGAGGAACAAGUGACCAGGAUACCCCCCAAACUCCAGCGAAUGAGCUCAACGAAAGAGGAGAACCUUUGGAGGGGGCUGAAGACGGGCACACCUCUGCCGGGGGGUAAGGCCUCCAGCACGGGGGACUUACCGCUCAGUAUCCAGAGGCUGAGGUCCAGCUCUAUCCCUGUGGUGAGGCAGGGACACUUGGAGGAACAGGUGCAGCUGUUACCUUUGGACGGAGAGGCAGAGGAGAUGGAGGUGGAGAGAGACAGACUGAUUUCCCCGGGCAUCAGCACCAUCACACAGGGGCAGGGUCCACUGGGCGGGGGGCGACCAGAGGACAACCUGCCCCCCAAACUACGGCGGAUGAAUGCAGACCGCUGA